AUGAGUAAAGCAUAUGACAGAGUGGAGUGGUCGUUCCUCCGUGCCUUGAUGGGAAAGAUGGGAUUUGCUCCCCGCUGGAUUGAAUGGGUGAUGUAUUGUAUCUCGUCAGUAUCCUACAAGAUCCUCCUAAACGGAGAACCGAGAGGAUGUAUUAAACCAUCUCGAGGAAUCAAACAAGGCGACCCCAUAUCACCGUAUCUUUUCAUCUUGUGUACCGAAGCCUUAGUCUCUCAACUCCGUUUAGCCGAAGCACAAGAGAAACUACAAGGCCUCCGGAUCGCUAGGGCUAGUCCCACCACAUCUCACCUUUUAUUUGCAGACGAUAGUCUCUUCUUCUGUAAGGCUGAACCCGUACAAAGUCGUGAACUUAUUGGCAUUAUCCGCUCCUACGGCGAGGCUUCAGGCCAAAAGAUUAAUUUUACGAAAUCAUCUAUUAUGUUUGGCAACGAUGUUCCAACUAUCACCCGUCAAGAAGUCAAGACCACUAUUGGGAUCUACCAAGAAGGAGGCAUGGGCACAUACCUUGGGCUCCCAGAGAAACUCCACGGUUCCAAAGCACAAGUUUUUGCUUUUGUUCGGGACAGGCUCCAAAACCGGGUUAAUUCAUGGUCCUCAAAACUCCUCUCUAAAGGGGGCAAAGAAAUCUUGAUUAAAUCCCAAGCUCAAGCGAUUCCGACAUAUGUUAUGUCGUGUUUUCUUCUCCCGAAAGCUAUUUGCUCCAAACUUAGAAGUGCAAUUGCCAAUUUUUGGUGGAGCUCCAAGGAGGAAAGCAGAGGUAUCCAUUGGGUAUCUUGGGACUCCCUUUGCACCCAUCUCGCAGAGGGAGGUCUCGGGUUCAGGACUUUUGAAGAAUUCAACCUCGCUCUCCUAGCGAAACAGUUGUGGCACCUCCUUCGGUUCCCCGACUCCCUUCUGAACCGGGUCUUAAAAGGAAGAUACUACAAAUACUGUAGUCCCCUAGAGAUUACUGUCUCCAACCGUCCAUCAUACGGAUGGCGAAGCAUCUUAGCUGCUAAACCCCUUCUAGCUUCGGGCCUUCGUAAGAACAUUGGAUCGGGGUUUGAAACGCUGGUGUGGUCAGAUCCGUGGAUCCCAGACGACCCGCCCCGACCUCCUGUAGGACUACUUGUUGAACGAGAUCCUCUUCUAUUCGUCAACUCCUUGAUUGAUUUUGAAUCAAAACAAUGGAAAUCAGCCCGACUUCGGGAGCUUUUCCCGCCCGAGGAGAUAGCCCUUAUCCUAGGGAUUCGUCCGAGUCAAAAUGUUUCGAGAGAUGGAUACAGCUGGUCCCUCACUAAAUCCGGUAAUUAUACGGUAAAAUCAGGCUAUUGGAUUGCGAGAUCCCUAUCUCGUCUUGCUUGUGACCCCCCUCUUCAGGGACCUAGUACUACAGUACUGUCGGCGCAAGCUUGGAAGUUAAAAACUACGCGAAAAAUUAAACAUUUCGUGUGGCAAUGUAUUACGGGUUGUCUGGCGACAGGCCAACGUCUAGCUUCCCGCCAUAUUGGAAGGGAUAAAAGAUGUCCCCGGUGCGGUGCAGAGGAAGAGUCUAUUAACCAUGUUAUUUUUGAAUGCCCACCAUCGAAGCAAGUAUGGGCACUCUCACCUAUCCCUUCGGCACCAAGCAUUUUCCCCCAAGCUUCUAUCUUUGGUAAUCUUGACUACCUGUUUUGGAGAGCUAAGGAAUUUGGAACAUCUGAAGAAAAUCUACGUAUUUUCCCUUGGAUCAUGUGGUUCUUAUGGAAGUCAAGGAACAAAAAAGUCUUCGACAACAUAGAUGAUCUUCCCCCAGAUAUUCUGGAGCAUGCAAUACAUGAGGAGGAAACUUGGAGGAAUGCUAACGAGGAGGACUAUACUUUAGAGGUGACAAGAGUUAGACGAGAGUUUGGAAGUGCGUCUUUGACGUCCAUCACGACCUGUUACUUUGAUGGCUCUUGGCACGAUUCAGAUCCUCUCAGUGGCCACGGUUGGCUGGUAUCGUUGGGAGACAGAAUAUUCCGAGUUGGACUUAGAAGCUCGUCGCGUAGUCUAUCGCCCCUCCAUGCCGAGCUAGACUCUCUUCUUUGGGCUAUGAAGUGCAUUCUCUCAGCCAACAUCCAAUGUGAAACUUUUGCGAUGGAUUGCCUUGACCUCCUAGCUAUGACGGAUUCCCCAGCUGAGUGGCCUACAUUUGCAGCUGAACUUGGGGAUUUCAAAGCUAUGUUUUCCCAGUUUAGAUCCUUUAAAUUAGUUUAUAUUCCUCGUCUUUGUAACGUCCGUGCGGAUAGACUUGCCAAGAGUGCAAGAACACGAGGUUUAAGAUUUUCCCAUGUAAACUUUUCAGUUCUGGUCUGGCUUUCUCUUGAGGAGAGUCUUUUACCGCAAACUUAA